CCUGUCUUGUGUUUGAAUUCAGGGGUCCUGCGUGCCGUGGUGGAAGCGGCGAACUCCGGAGCCUCGGUUCUCUGCCUCUGCGAGAAGGGAGACGCCAUGAUCAUGGAAGAGACUGGCAAGAUUUUCAAGAAGGAGAAAGAAAUGAAAAAAGGUAUCGCCUUCCCGACGAGUAUAUCAGUAAAUAACUGCGUCUGUCACUUCUCCCCCCUGAAGAGUGACCAGGACUACAUCCUCAAAGAAGGAGACUUGGUCAAAAUUGACUUGGGAGUCCACGUCGACGGCUUCAUAGCGAAUGUAGCACACAGCUUUGUCAUAGACGCCUCCAAGGAAAACCCCGUGUCGGGCCGUAAAGCCGAUGUCAUCAAGGCGGCUCAUCUCUGCGCCGAAGCCGCGCUGCGCUUGGUAAAGCCAGGAAACCAGAACACACAAGUGACAGACGCCUGGAACAAAAUCGCCCACUCGUUUCACUGCACGCCCAUCGAAGGGAUGCUGUCGCACCAGCUGAAACAGCACGUGAUCGAUGGAGAGAAAACAAUUAUCCAGAAUCCCACAGACCAGCAAAAGAAGGACCACGAAAAAGCAGAGUUCGAGGUCCAUGAAGUUUACGCUGUCGAUGUUCUCGUCAGCAGCGGAGAGGGAAAGGCGAAGGACGCCGGCCAGAGAACUACCAUUUACAAAAGGGACCCCUCCAAACAGUACGGCUUGAAGAUGAAAACCUCCCGUGCCUUUUUCAGCGAGGUGGAGAGGCGCUUCGACACUAUGCCAUUUACUCUCAGGGCAUUCGAGGACGAGAAGAAGGCCAGGAUGGGGGUGGUGGAAUGCGCCAAACACGAGCUGCUCCAGCCUUUCAACGUCCUCUACGAGAAGGAAGGGGAGUUCGUCGCACAGUUCAAAUUCACAGUGCUUUUAAUGCCCAACGGCCCCAUGAGGAUAACCAGCGGCCCCUUCGAGCCCGAGCUCUACAAAUCCGAGUUCGAUGUGCAAGAUGGAGAACUGAAGGCCCUUCUACAGAGCUCUGCCAGCCGGAAGACCCAGAAAAAGAAGAAAAAGAAGGCCUCCAAGAACGCCGAAAACGCCACCACGGGGGAGACGGCGGAAGAGAACGAAGCCGGAGACUGAGCGGCUCCCUCUCCCUCCACGUAGCGCCCGAUUCACACACACACACACACGUGCCCCUUUUUUUUUCCCCCACCCUUAAAAAAAAGCAAAAAACCAACAAAACAAACCAGAAACAAACCAACCCAGUGCUGUUUGUCUGCUCCGACCAAACACCAACAGCCUGGAAUUCCAACUGGCUGCACCCAGCGAGGUGGGGGGGUCUCUUGGCCACCUCAGACGACGUAAAACGAAAGCAGAAAAAAAAAAAUAAAAUGAGGAGUAAAAGCCCAGUUUAUCCCCACUCUUUAACCUUUUCUACUCCCCGGCCUCGGUGAGGAGGUGAUCGACCUGGCCCAGCAAGGGAGCGCAGCGCUGCCUGCUUUCUGCUUCCUCCUCCCUUUUUUCUUUUGUGGUGUUUUUUUUUUUUUUUUUAAAUUUCUCCCUUAACAGAUUUUUUUCUUGGAGGAAAAAAGAAACAAAACCAAACCCAUCGGAACAGCUGAUUACACCCCAGAAAAAAAAAGUGCCCCGUGUCUGGCGACCUGGUACGCGUGGACGGCAGAAGGCGACCCCAGGAUUCCUCGCUCUUCUCGUUUAGCCUCUAGAAUUGUACAUUUAUAAUUGGGAAAAAGAAAAAAAAAAUCAAACCGAAAAUAUAAAAUUCUAUGUCCCCUGUGAAACUGUAGACUGUCCCGUCGACUCUGUUCUGUCUCUUGCCUUGAUUUACGUAUAAAACGCUCUAUUUUUUAACACGCCGCUGUGGCGAGCUCGUUUGUAAAACUGACUGUCCGAGGUGCCCCCCCAGCCCCGUGAGCUGCCCCCUCCCCAGCUUGGGGUGAAUCCCUGGUGUUUGGGGGGAGGUUUUCUCUCCGGGGGGGUUUGUUCUCCCCGUUUCCAUGGCCUGGGAGCACGUUCUGCUCCCUGAAAGACCCCAGGAGCCAUCAGCCUCGGGCCAGAGUCCGGCCGGGGAGGCUCCUACUUUUGUAGUGAUGCUUUUAAAAAAAAAAAAAGAAAAAAAGAAGAAAAAAGCCAGUUGAGGUUGUGAGGUUUUUUCCUUGUUCCCCUGACCGGCAUUCUGGGAAUUCACCUGCUCCAGCUGAAUAUGGGAAAAACUUCUUUGCCUUUAAAUUUGUGAAAAAAAAAAUCUUUGCCUUUUUAAAUUUUGGAUAAAAUCUUUGCCUUCUAAAUCUGGGAAAACCUCUCGGCUGCUGAAGUCGCCCCCAGCCAUCGCGGCGGGCCCCGGGGCUUCCUGGCCGAAAAUAUGACUAAAGUCAAUAAAAGAGAAUAAACAAUG